CUCUACAUCAAAUACCCUCCACACGCCUAAUUUCAUAUUAAUUUCGUAUUAAUUUCCCCCGAUCUUGUUCAAGAUCGCAGCUUUUUCUGUGAUCGAAUGUCUAGGAAGAGUAAAGGGGCGGUUUUGGAUCCGUAUGGAAUUGAGGGCGCCAAGGCUAGGCUCAAGUUUCAGGCUCUUAUGCAGGACUAUCACGAGCUCGAAAAGGAGGCUGAUGUUAUGAGAAGCAAAUUGGAUAUGGUGAAAGACAGAAAGCUGAUGCUCGCAGCUGAAGUUCGGUUUCUACGGAAAAGGCAUAGGUACCUUGUGAAGACGAAGGAUGUGAAUUCACCACAAGAACAAAAUCUUGUACAGACGCCAAACCUACUAAAGCGUGCUAAAAUCACAAAGCAACAGCUUCUGAUUGGAAAAGAAGCGAGUCAGCAUAGAUUGCCUUUAGCUCCAGAACCCAUCUCGAAGAAGAAACUAGUUGCUCUGCCUGAUACAUUUCCAGUUAGUGAUCAGCCUCGCAAGAAAAAAACUUACAGCAGGAAGGGACAUGGUAUUCCACCUCCGGUUUUCGAUUUGAACCACAAAGGAGUAAUGCGUAUCAGCAAAGAAGCAAACAUAGUGGCGGCUCUUGACAGAAACUCCAAGGAAAGAAUAUUUGGUGCAAAUGAUGCAAUGUUUAGGAAUUCUAAUUCUGCUGCUACUUUUGAUUUGAACCUCGAGACUAUUCCUAGUGAGAGAGAGGUUUCAUUGCCAACCCGAGCUCCAAUAUUUGAUCUGAAUGAAAUCUCGACAGGGGAAGAGGAUUUCCAGGGUAGUGGCGAAGCAAACAAGUUUGAUGACACCAAGAAAAGUUUAAUGAGAGGCAUAAACGAAGAGCAGCAAAAUGAUCUGAAACUGUCCAUUUGUCGAAAUGCAGGGGAGGGCUCGUCUCGUGCUGGGAAGCGAAAAAUAUCAUGGCAGGAUCCCGUUGCACUGAGAGUUUGAAGGGAGGAGUCUGGUAGGCAAGAUACAGAUGGAUGUGUAAUCGUGCACGUGCCUGACUGGUCUCAAACUGCUUUGAAGUUCAACUGUAGGGUUAUGCAUCUCCUCAAUGUAGCUAGUUUUAUGUGUUACUACUAUACAGACUGGUAUGAUGGAAGCAACUCACUUCAAUUAGUAUAGAAUCUACCAUGUUGCAUAGGAUUUUGAUGAAAUAGACUCAGCUCUUUUCCCUCUCAUUUUGAUGUAAUUUUAAGUCUUUGUUUAUAAAAUGUUAUCCCAAUACGCAUUCUCCCAA